AUGAAUGUGAUCAAUAACACAUCAACUGGUAACCUUUAUGCAAUAUCUAUUAUUUCUACUAUGGGUGAUAAUAAUACUAUUAAUUUUUCUUUAUGUUCUAUCAUUACUAACAAAGUUAAUAUUGUCUUGGGAUGCCAAUAUGCUGUUCAUGUAUAUUUAGACAAUUGCACAUUGAUAAAUCCAGAUGCACACACGUUAUUUGUUGCAAAGAAUGGUAACGCAUAUAUUACCGCAUCAAAUUGCUAUACAAAUUCAUAUCCAGAAUCAGCAUCAACAAAAGGUGCACCAGCAGAUGCAAUCAAAUUCGAAAAUAUCAAAGAGGUAACUGAAACAAAAAUCAUUAAUUGUGAUUGCCCUCAAAUUAGCCAAAUUAUAUUAUCAAUACAAAAGAGAAAUCUAUUAACUCAGCCCACAUUAUGCUGUCUAAGUGCCCUACUAGAAAAAAGUGAAUCAUGGAACCAUUUUGCCAAUUAUUAA